UAGAUCAAUGUUUGAAAAUUCGUGGUGAAAACUAAAUUUUUGUAUAUAUUAAGUUAAAAUUCUAAGUAACCUGAAUUUUUGAAGUUACUAAAAAAUUUUAUACUGAUUUAAAAAUUGUUUUUUAAGUAUUUUGUUUGGCUUGUUAAAUUUUAUAAAAAUGGCAAAUGGAAAAACGGUGUUGGUUACGGGAGGUGCUGGUUACGUUGGGUCACAUACUGUUGUAGAAUUAUUAGAACAAAAUUAUAAUGUUAUUUCAAUUGAUAAUUUAGUCAACGCAUAUGCAGACAGUCCAACCGAAAAACCGGAAUCAUUAAAGCGAAUUGAAAAAUUAACUGGAAAAUCCAUAACUAGUUAUAAUAUUGAUAUACGAUGUAAAGAUAACUUGGAUAAGGUUUUUAAGACUCAUAAAAUAGACUACGUCAUUCAUUUUGCCGCUCUGAAAUCUGUUGGUGAAUCAUGUGCAAAGCCAUUACAGUAUUAUCAAAACAAUAUCAGUGGCUCUUGUGUUUUAUUCGAGGUAAUGUCUGAGAAUAAUGUGAAAAAAUUAGUUUUCUCAUCAUCAGCAACGGUGUAUGGUACACCUCAAAAAUUACCACUAGAUGAGAAUCAUCCUACUGGCCAAGGUUGUACAAAUCCUUAUGGAAAGACAAAAUUUUUUGUUGAAGAAAUAAUGAAAGAUUUAUGUAGUUCAGAUUCUGAAUGGAGUGCAAUUUCUUUACGGUAUUUUAAUCCUGUCGGUGCUCAUGAAUCGGGAUUAAUUGGUGAAGAUCCUUCAGGAAUUCCAAACAAUUUAAUGCCUUUUAUUGCUCAAGUGGCAGUUGGUAGACGUGCAAAAUUAAGUGUAUAUGGUUCUGAUUAUGAUACAAUAGAUGGCACUGGUGUACGAGAUUACAUUCAUGUAAACGAUUUAGCAAUAGGUCAUGUAAGAGCUUUAGACAAGUUUUGUGAUAAUAAUUUUAAAGGUUUCAAACCGUACAAUUUGGGAACGGGAAAGGGUUUAUCAGUUCUGCAAAUGGUUGAAGCAUUUAAAAAAGCUUCAGGUAAAGAUAUUCCAUAUGAAAUUGUUGACCGACGUCCAGGUGAUAUUGCAUCAUGCUAUGCUGAUGCUAGUCUUGCUCUAAAAGAAUUGAAUUGGAGUGCCACAAAAGAUGUAAAUGCUAUGUGUAAAGAUACAUGGAAUUGGCAAUCAAAGAAUCCUAAUGGUUACCAAACGAAGACUGCUAAUUAACUAUAUUUCAAAUAAUAUUGACUGAAUAAUUUUUAUAAAUUUCCUAGUCAAAAUAGAUCAAAGUACAAGAAAUAAAUAUGAGCUCAAUUAUUUAAA